CGACAAUCCAGAAACAUUCCGAAAGGUUCCGGUGACUCAUAGAUAAUGAUAGAUUCCAACAGCUACGAUUUGCCGAACAGCGAGAAUGUUUAUAGCGCAUAGCAAGUCUACGCAGUUGGGUUAGGCUGAGCAUUCCCGUUUCCCAUUCUCAGAUCACCUCACCAAAUGGCAUGGCCCGUGAUGGGUAUGUCUCCGUCCAACUUCAAAUCCCUCGCCGUGGGUGUCUUUUCCGGGAUUGUACUCCAGGCUGCGUGCGUGGUCGAUGGCAUUGACAAUUGUUUUCGUGGAUAAUGACAUCUUAGCUCUUUUAUCUUCCGGCGCUCACGCGAAUGAACUUCACGUUCUUCCCCUUCCUGCAAUACUUAGACUCCUCGGUGUAAUCACCAUUCAGACUUUUCUCUAUUACGAAAGGUUUUCCAAGGACCAUAUCUCUCAGAAGGCCGUCAUCGGAUUCUUAUGGCUCGUACAGAUGUUUCAAGUGAUAACUUCGCUUUACGUGUACAUAUGGAUUGUUGAACAUGCUGGGGAGCCGGUUUUAAUAAAAUGGUUUGAUACUUUCUACCAGUUAUCUAUGGUUAUUUGCUCUGCCAUCGUCCAAUUUUUCUUCGUCUUGAGACUCUAUCGACUCAGUGGAUCGAUCUGGCUACCAAUAUCGCUUGUUUUCCUGACCCUGGCGCAAUUUGGUGAGCGGAUCCGAAUGAUAGUGUUUUUCGAGCGUCUGAUUGUCUCGACCUAGGGACCGGUGUUGGUGAGAUGCAAGAUUGUGAGAUUAAAUCACUUCUGAUAUUCUCUGCACCCCGCGCGCACUGCAUACAGUGCUCUUUAUUCAGGCGUAAGAGGAUUCUCCAUCUAAAACCAGCGAUUUUCUA